AUGAAUCAGAAGUCGCCAUCGAGCACGGGUGCUGGCGGUAGGGCUAAGCCCACCACCGCGAUGAGUGCAGUCAGUCAAAAACCAUCCACCGAGGCAGCAACUUCUGCAACAGUGACAGUUCCUGCGACGGUACCACCGGGUUCGGUUCAAGCUGAUGGAACACGCACUAAGUCAGCUCAUUCGUCGGUACGCGCGCUGAAUUUUGACGAUCCGGAACUUCUACUAACAGCCGGAUCGGGACCGGAUGGCCGCAAACCGGAACACUCCCCGAAAGCGAAGGACAUCAGCCCAUUGGCCGCCGUUACGAUGGGAUCGAGCUCGCUUGCCGCUAAUACGGUUGUGUCUGCAUCGAAACCACCGCACUCGAAGCAUCAUCCCGAGGAAUCGAAAGUGUCACCAUCCGGCGGUGGUGUAGCCGGGCCGCAUCCUGCCGGAAGUCCUGCUAAGAUGGGCACGAAGAAGACAAUGCACCAUCAGGCAGCUUCGCUGAAGCACGAGCACCAUGAACCGAUUUCGGUGGCCAGCAAACCGGUGCUGUUGAAGGCAUCCUCCGUACCGGCACCGGGUUUCGUUGGUGCGCCGGUGGCCAGCUCCUCACCACUGGGCGGUAAAUCCUCCGCCAGUGUAUCGCCCCAUCACGCACCAUCAUCCUGCUCUCCUCAGCCACUGACUGCACCUGUGAUAACCACGAUGGCCGUAGCGUCUCCAACCACUACCGGAAGUCCGCUGCUUGGAGCCGCAGUAUCCAUCUCCCCAGCAGCCGUUGUGAUGCGCACGUCAUCCGGUUCAAGCCUCCACAAGUCGGCGUCGUACCGGAAGUCGUCCUACAAACCACAACACUCGCACUCCCUUCGCUACUCGGGCAGCGGAAGUGACAUCUCGAAUUUGGUGCGCGUGCGCAACUCGACGCUUGGAAAUUCGGCACCCACGCUGUCACUGAGCGCUAAGGAAAAUGGUGGUUUCGGGCUCGGUAGCCUCGGUGGAGGUAGCUUCUUUGCCGGCCAAAAACGACCCACUUCAUCGUCGUCCGGUGGGGCGGCUGCGACCGCCCGGAGUACUGCCGUUGCCCGGCACCGGCUCAGCUUUGUAGCGAAUAUUUCGCCCCGAUCUCACUCGCCCAUUCCCGCUAGUCCCAUCGAUAGUCCGCGCAUCAACUCGCCCAGUAUUAUGCAGUUCCCGUUCGUGCCGAUCAAGCGGAUCGCGUCGACGGCUGCGUCUAAGAACUGUGACAGCCGGCGUUGGUCGGUCGCUUCGUUGCCAUCGUCCGGGUACGUGACGACGCCUGGAAGCUCCAACAUCUCGUCACAGUGCUCGAGUCAGGAGCGUUUGCAUCAGUUCCCGGCCGUGCCGACAAACGACGAUUUGCAGCUGUUGUCGUUGCACUUCUCCUCGAACGACAGCAACCCGAGCUUGAUCGAUGGGCGGACGCACUACAGUCAUCAUCACCAUCAUCAUGGCUACCAUCAGCACGCACAUCAUCACCCGAUGGUGUCCGCAGUGCAUCAUCACGCACUGCAGCAGCAGCAACAGCAGCAGCAGCAUUUGCAUCACCUCCAUCAGCAUCAUCACCAUUCGCUGCCGGCUGGAACCGGAGGGCAUCAUGCGUUCCCGCACCAACAACAUCCGCUAGCGAUGGGCGCUCCUGGAGGUGUUGGAAUAUCCGCGUCCAUCUCACCACAAGCAGCAGGUUUUGGAAGCUCCGUCUCGGGUAGUGGUACGCUCUACCAGCAACAACCUCUUAGCCUGCAGUCACACAUCGGCUACGGGCAAGGAUCGGUCGGGAACCAACCGAUGGGACCGCAACCGGUUCCGAUUCCGCAGGCACAGCAGCACCAUUGCAUGAUGAAAUCAUCCGUUGGAUCUUCUGGUUCUGGUAGCUGCGGAGGAAUGGUGCCCGGUGGCAAGGACGAGCUGAACAACUUCUGCGGAUGCCGGUCACCGAUCCAUCGGCCGCGAUCACGUAGUCUCAGCAGCCCGAGUCACUCGCCGAUCACCGACAGUGAGAUCUCCAUCAUGAACACCUUCUACAAGGAGCGGUUUCCGAAGGCAACGCAACAGAUGGAGGAACGGUUGAGCCACUUCAUCAACGAGAACAAAAACAUCAUCAACGAUAGUGCGCGCAAUUCGCAACCGAUCGUGCGGUUCGUGCACCAUCAGGUGUUGGAGAUGGCGCGCGAUUGUCUGCACAAGUCCCACGCGAAGCUUAUCACGUCGCGGUAUUUUUACGAGAUGAGCGAAAACCUCGAACGGUUGUUGAUGGAGACGCGCGAGAAGUCACCCGAGGCGGCGCCGGAGAUCACGGGCGUGAUCAAGAAGCUGUUGUUGAUCAUCUCGCGUCCGGCUCGGUUGCUCGAGUGUCUCGAGUUUGAUCCGGAGGAGUUCUACCGCUUGCUAGAGGUGGCUGAAGGCCAGGCGAAAGUGACGCAGGGCAUCAAGGCGGACAUUCCACAGUACAUCAUCCAGAAGCUCGGGCUGAACCGAGACCCGAUAGCGGAGCUGCAGGAGGAGCUCAACAUCGAAACGGCGUCGCUUAACUCGAGCGUAAAUUGUGCCGACUUGGAGGAGGAAGCGGAGAACGACGAAACAGAGUUGGCGGAUCGACGAGCGCGGUUGAGAAGCAGCCGGGUGCGUGGUGGUGAGGAGGGAGACGUCAAUUUGUCGAUCGCCAGUGAUCAACCUGAGCGUGGUGUCGAUGAUAUGGCGUGUUCCACUCCGAAAGGAUCAGGAUCCUCGAGCUCGGCUGGGAAUAGUGCUGCAAGCAGUACGAGCAAUGUGUUAAACAACAACGCCGGUCCGGGAACGGCCAUCAGUGGACCAGCUGGAUCGUCAGGAUCAGCACCAUCGAUGGGCCAAACUGGUGCAGGUGCGGUUGGCAAGAGCUUUAAGGCGCGCUCGAACAACGCCGUACCAAACGAGAAGGACUUUGACAUUCUGAAGCUGAUCUCGAACGGUGCGUACGGUGCCGUGUAUCUCGUGAAGCACAAGCAAACGCGCCAGCGCUUCGCCAUGAAGAAGAUCAACAAGAACAGUCUGAUGCUUCGCAAUCAGGUCGAGCAGGUGUUUGCGGAACGGGACAUCCUGAGCUUCGCCGACAACCCGUUCGUCGUGAGCAUGUAUUGUUCGUUUGAGACGAAGAAACACCUUUGUCUGGUGAUGGAGUACGUUGAGGGUGGAGAUUGUGCGACGCUGCUGAAGAACAUUGGCCCGUUGCCGUCGGAUAUGGCGAGGUUUUACUUCGCUGAGACAGUGCUUGCGGUGGAGUACCUUCAUAGCUACGGGAUUGUGCACCGGGAUCUGAAACCGGACAACCUGCUCAUCACCGCUUUGGGGCAUAUUAAGUUGACGGAUUUCGGUCUCUCGAAGAUGGGACUGAUGUCGUUGGCGACGAAUCUGUACGAGGGGUAUCUGGACAGUGAGACGCGUCAGUUCUCGGACAAGCAAGUGUUUGGUACUCCGGAAUACAUCGCACCGGAAGUGAUCCUGCGCCAGGGUUACGGCAAACCCGUGGACUGGUGGUCGAUGGGUAUCAUCCUGUACGAGUUUUUGAUCGGUUGCGUACCGUUCUUUGGUGAAACGCCUGAGGAGCUGUUCGCGCAUACCGUCAACGAUGACAUCGAAUGGCCGGAUGGUGAUGAUUGGCCACUGCAGGAGGAAGCUAAGGACUUGAUCACGGUGUUGUUGCAGCAGAACCCUCGCGAUCGUCUCGGUACGGGUGGAGCUCAUGAGGUGAAAGAGCACUGCUACUUCUACGGGCUAGAUUGGAACAACUUGUUGAGACAGAAGGCGGAGUUUGUGCCCCAGCUGGACAACGAAGAGGACACGAGCUACUUUGAUACGCGCGUUGAUCGGUACAACCACGAAAUCUGCGGUGACGACACGGACGAGAUGGAGGAUUCACCGCUGUUUGGAUCAUUUAGCUCGUACUCACCCCAGUAUCGCAAACAGCACAGUCUCUCGCAGGCGUCCAUCAACUCGAGUGGUAAUUUCGGUGGCAGUCCGGGUCCUCGACCACUUGGCAUGACAUCGGGGGGUAGUGGAACAAUAGUGCGUGCCGUCUCGGACGCAGGACCAUCCAGCAGCUCCGUAACACCGGCCGCACCGCCAUCAUCUUCCUCGUCAGGAUCAUCCGUUCCGGAUGCAUUGGCAUCGACUGCUCCAACGGUUCCCAGAACCACCACUGUGAUCAGUGUUACGACUGCUACGCCCGUGACAAGCACCACACCAUCGUGCGUGUCCUUAAAGUCUCAAACACCUGCGAUGGAAUCGACGGCAGGUGUUCCGAACAUCACCACUCCAUCGACGCUGGCGAAACCGCAGCUUCCGAGCCUGUUUGAGGAUGGUUUCGACACGACACACCCGCGUCCGAACGACAUCAGCAAGCUGAUCAUUACGCCCGAAUUGCGCAAGUUUAACAUCAACCCGUCCCGGUACAAGAUGCCGUCGACGCCCGAUCUCGACUACCUACCGGAACUGGCCACACCCGACCGGGAGGACUUCCUGGUGCACCACGGCAUCACGCUACGCCCGACGGCGGUUAACAUCGGUCCAGUACGGGGCCUUCCCGGUACACCGGACACACCGGAAAUGAACAAACGCUUCAGCGACGUUUAUCCGCUGUCCUCGCUGAAGCAACUCAGCACACCUGAAUCAUCGCAAACGGACAGUGACGACGUGUCGCCGCAGAUCCAGCGCAAGCGCAAGAUCGUCCACAAUCGCAUCCUGCCAAAGUUCUCGAUCUCGAUCGAGGACGAUCAGAGCGGCCACGAGACGUCCUCGUCGACGCCAUCUCAGCUCGUGACUUCAUCACCGUCGAGUUCGCUGCAUAAUCUGAGCGGUAGCAGCUCGCGGCACAUCGUGAAGUCAGCCUCGGCGCUUGGGCUUUCGCUGAUGACCUCGUCGGAUGAUUCGUCCUCGGCCGUGACGACUGCCGUUGGUCGCUCGCUGGCUGGUGGAAACCUUUCGCUAUCGGGUCGCAACGCAACCGGCACGACGGCCUCUAACCUUUCGUCCUCUUCCGGUUGCAGUACGGGAGGCGUCGCGUCAUCUACGAUGCAUUCGGCGGGUAAUUGUUCCAGCACGGCCAGCUCGCGGGAUACGUCGCCAUGCAGGGAGUUGAGUCCGCUUGUUACGAACCUGAAACCACCGUUGAUCAUCAAACGUGGUCCGCGUGGGUUCGGUUUCACCGUGCACACGAUCCGGGUGUACUACGGGGACACGGACUUCUACACUAUGCACCACCUGGUGAUGGCCGUCGACGAAGGGAGUCCUGCGUUCGAGGCUGGCCUACGUCCGGCGGAUCUCAUCACGCACGUCAAUGGGGAGGCCGUACAGGGAUUGUACCACACGCAGGUCCUGCAGUUGCUGUUGAGCGGUUCGGAGCUGGUUAGCCUGAGGGCGACACCACUAGAGCACACGAGCAUUCAGACGGGUGGCCGCAAGCGAGAACCAUGGCAGAGCAAAUUCGCCAAGAAGUCAACCCACAGCCGGCGUAAGCAGAAGAAGGAUAACGAGAAGAAACGCAAGGCGUCGCUGUUCCGGCGCAUCAGCAGCAAACGGGCCAGUGCCGAGAUGCAGCAGAUGGUGGCGGGGAUUCAAUCGCCCACAUCCGUUGUACCACCGAGCAGGAGCUUCCAGUCACUCACCCGUUUCCAGGGCAGCCAACCGAAUCUGCUCCAACCGGGUGCCGGCGUUGGACUGCCUGUUUCCGGCACGGUGAUGCCACAUCCGGGCGGGCUACAAUCACCGAUCGGAGCACCCGUUCCGGUUGGUGGGAUGCCACCCUCGACGCUUGUCCCCGCUGGUGCGAGUGUCCCCGUGAAUCGGCUCAGUUUAUCACCGCUGAAUUCCGCGGGCUCCCUCUACAAUCCGACCCUACCGUCACCGAGCUCUCCGAGCACGUCGGCACCGAGCACUCCCACCGGAAGUGCUGGACCGCUCGGUUACAAUGAUGGUGCACCACUUUACCAGCGACCGUCGACGUUGCACGUGCUGAAGCACAAACUGCAUUCGUCUCCGUGUGCCAGCAAUAAAGCUCUUCAUUCGGCGGCUGGUCCGGGUGGGCGACCAUCGAACCGGCGUAAAUCGGCAGACCAUAUGCCGUUGUCUCCGCUCGCUCGAACACCCAGCCCUUCACCGUUGCCCGCUUCUCCGACGCGGUCAUCAAGCCCGUUGGCGUUCCCCGUCGUGCAUCCGCUUGGCGCUUCCAACACGACCCAAUCGUACAGCCCCGGAGGACUUCCGGCGGCUGCGGUAGCUGCCGCUUCCGCUGGACUGCCAUCCGCCAUUGCCGUACCGGGGAUUGUGGGUGCGGGUGGAAUCGGUGGAUCUCCCACGCCACCCACCAAGAAGGGUUUCCCGCGGGCGAAGACGGCCGAACCCAGCUCACCGCUGUUGCGCCGUGCGCUUUCCCCGGAUCGGUUGCACCCGCGCAGUGCCGCCGAAAGCAAGUGUGUCCUGUCGCCGCUCUGCUGCAACACCUCGCUGAAGACGACACCUCGCACCGUGGCCGGAAUAUGGCGUUCGAGUCAGAACUCCACGAUUACGACGGCCGCCGGAAGUGGCACCGGGACGGCGAUGGGUGGUGUCCUGCAGCUAUCAACCGCUGACCCGGCGACGGGUGCGACUCCUUCCCAGCUGAUCAUCAGCAGCAGCAACAGCAGCAACAACAACAAUAACAACAAUCUGCAAUCCACUCCAACGACGACGGCGGGUGAACCCGUGGCGCUGCCGGCUGGGAAUCGGCCUUCGAGCGGGAUCUUAACGGGCCAUGUCCUGCCGUCGGUUCCGAUUCGCAGUACGAGCGCACCCGGCGGUAAAUCCGCCCUCGGUGUAUCCACGGGAACGAAGGCAGGAGACCACGGCUUGAAGCAGAUCCCGGUGACAGCGUCAGCGGCUGCGGACAAGCUGAUCCCGCUGAUGGAAAAGAUGGCCAUCAAGGAUGGGGAACCUUCGUCACCUAGCACGAGCCUCAACAACAACGGUGGCGGUGCCGUGGGCAAGAAAACCUAA